CUUCUCCCAAAAUUCUCUCUAAUGGCCUCCAAUGAUCUCUUUGUGAAUGCUGGGUAUUGGUUCACCCACACCAACACCCAGUUUCCAGCUUCCAAAAUUGAUGCCAAUCUUUUCACCCAUCUCUUUUGUGCUCAUGCUGGUCUCAACUCCCAAACUUAUGAACUCUCCAUUUCUGAUUCACAAAAACUCCUAAUUCAUGAGUUUUCCAAAACUGUCAAACAAAAUAACCCUGAACUGAAAACUUUGCUGUCCAUUGGAGGAGAUGAUGCAAAAGCUGAGAGAUUUGCUGCCAUGGCUGCCAGUUUUUUCCAUCGUGCAGCCUUUGUUAGAACCACCAUUGCCAAAGCAAGAGAGGGCAAUUUUGAUGGCCUUGAUCUUCAGUGGCUCUACCCUUCUUCUGUGGAGGACAUGGCCAACUUUGAAACUCUCAUUAUUGAGUGUCACAAUGCUAUUAUUAGAGAAACCACAAAAUCUAGUCUGCCAAAGUUGAUUCUUGUUGCUACAGUCUUCUACUCGCCUCAUAUGGAGAAUAUUACUUAUCCAACUCAAGUAAUGAUAAGAACUUUGGAUUGGGUUAAUGUGAUUGCUUAUGAUAUUUUCACUCCCGCUUCGUCAAGCAAUGAAACUGGACCGUCCUCAGCAUUCUUCAAUCCAAGGAGAAGAGACUUGUGUGGAUCCUUCGGUAUCAAAAUAUGGAUUGAGGUAGGUUUGCAUAGUAAAAUGAUGGUAUUUGGAAUUCCCUUCCAUGGUUGGGCAUGGAAGCUUAAUAGUUCUGAAAAUCACCAAGUGUUUUCAGCAGCCCAUGGAGCAGCUCAAGGAGAGGAUAUUUCCAUGGAAGGGCUCAUAGAGUAUAGAAAUGUUAAGAAAUUUAUAGCUGAGAAGGAUGCCAAUAAUGUGGCGUUGGACCAGAGGUUUGCAAUUGCCUAUACAUACAGUGAUUCAACUUGGAUUGCCUACGAAGAUGAAGAAACCAUAAAGUUGAAGAUUUCAAGUGUUAAAAUGGACUUGGAAUUGCUUGGUUACUUUGCUUCCAACAUUGCAGCCGACGAUGAAAAUCUCUCUCUUGCUAACACAGCCUCGGAUCAGUGGAGAAAGAAAACUUAGACCAUGCAUUGGGUGGUAGCUUGUAUAAUUUUAAUUUCUAUCUUUUC